AUGGAUCCAUCUCAUGAACCUGAUAAUCAACGGGUUAAUCAAGAAGCUGAAGACAACACUGCGUCACAAAAUACGGAACUACCGGAUUAUGGAACUGUCGGAGCCUCUGGUAAUACUAUACGAAUUUAUACGGACUGGCUACAGGAUGGAUUUGAUGAAGCUGCUUGGACAUCUGAUAUCAAUGCAACGAAUUGGCCACAGGAUGGAUUUGAUGAAGCUGCUCGGUCAUCUGAUAUCAAUGCAACGAAUUUGCCACAGGAUGGAUUUGAUGAAGCUGCUUGGCCGUCUGAUAUCAAUGCAACGAAUUGGCCACAGGAUGAAUUUGAUGAAGCUGUUUGGCCAUCUGAUAUCAAUGCAAAUUGGCCACAAGAUACUUCCAAUAGAUUUGAUGAUCCAUCUGAUGACUUUGCAGCAACAAAUACGGACUGGCUAAAGAAAACUUCCAACAUUUCUGAUGAUCAGAGCCCUCAAAAUAUACAUGAAAGCUAUAAAAAUGUACAUUUAAAUGUGCCAAUUAAUUCUACUUGGCUUGACAUUCAAGCGUCAACAACAUAUGUGUACCUUCCACAAUUAGAAAUUACGACUUCCAACAGCAUAUCUGAUCAUCAAAAAGGGUAUGACUGUAAUCAAGCAUUAUUUGGCGAUAUUACCGAACCUUAUAAACGUGGAAGAUCCCAAUCUGGCAAAAGCGAAAAAUCUAAAGUAACGAAGAAAAAUAAAGUCCCAUGUAUUUGGGAUGAUAUAUCAAUUAAACUUCUGCUUAUAUACUUGAUAAAACAUAAAGUUCAGGUUCGACAAUUAGAAUGUCGUGGCAUUAAAGCUAACGAAGUUAAAAAGAAAAUCUGGAAAGGUGCCUCGAAUGAGCUAUCCAAAAAAUAUACUGCAAAUCAAUGUGCUAAUAAGUGGAAAAAUAUUAAACAGUUUUAUCAAGAAAAACCAAACCUUUCGUUUUGCAUUCCAUAUGUUGUCACAAUUCUUGAUAAAUAUCAUGAAGACGUAGAUGAACUUGUUGAGCGGUUUCAAUCCA